AUGAAGCUUGUCAGUUUCCUGUGGGUUGUUGCAGUCUCCACCUGUCUUGAAUUCAGCAUGGCGCAGACAGUCACUCAGUCUCAACGACAAAUAUCUGUCCAGGAAGCACAGACAGUGACCCUGGAAUGCACGUAUGAUACUAGUGACUCUUAUUAUUACUUGUUCUGGUACAAACAGCCUUCCAGCAGGGAGAUGAUUUUCAUUAUUCAGCAAGAAAGUUUUAAUCCACAGACUGCGCCACAGAAUCGCUAUUCUGUGAAUUUCCAGAAAGCAGCCAAGUCCAUCAACCUCAUGAUCUCUGACUCACAACUGGAGGACGCUGCGAUGUAUUUCUGUGCUUACAACAAGAAACUGUGUGCAUCCUCUGGAACUGGGAAUUAUGGACUCAUUUUCGGGAAGGGCACCAAACUCUCAGUCACACCAAAUAUCACACACCCUGACCCUGCUGUGUACCAGCUGAGAAGCCCUAAAUCUAGCAUCACCUCCGUCUGCCUAUUCACUGAUUUUAAGUCUUCAGACAACCAGCCAGACAUCUCGAAUUCCAAGGUGCUGAGUACGGAUGCAACUGUGCUGACCAUGAAGACCAUGGAUUCCAAGAGCAACGGAGUCCUGGCCUGGAGUGAUACCAAGAAUUUUAUAUGUAAUGACACCUUCAAAGAUAUGAACUUCUAUUCCAGCUCAGAAAGCCUCUGUGAUGCCAAGUUGGUCGAGGAAAGCUUCGAAACAGAUAUGAACCUAAACUUUCAAAACCUAUUCGUGAUUGGGCUCCGCAUUCUUCUCCUGAAAGUGACUGGAUUUAACCUUCUCAUGACCCUUCGGCUAUGGUCCAGAUGA